CCCAUUCCUAUUUCACCACCAGCACCUGUGUCUCAACAAUCAUCUACCCCUCUGGCCCGCUGUCCCUGCCUUCCUAAUAAAAUCUCUUUCACCCACAUAUAUGUAGAGUACUAUGUAUGUAUACGUAAGGACGAUGAUGAGAACGGACUUCACAGUGACCCCAUACGCUUAUUUAUAAAAGCGGCUCACUUCUUUGGAUUUGUCGAGUACAAAGACAGGAUCCACAAGAAAGUGGCCACAAGAGUCUCAGGGUUCUCCACCACCUUCAUCAAUGGCUUCCUUAACCACCUUCAUCAAGAGAAGAUCCAUACCCUUCAAUGGCUUUAUCAGAACCAAAUUGCUCUCAACCCAGACUCUGGUUGACUCGCCUCCAUCUUUUGCUCACUCAACCAUAGAUCUGCCCCAGCAUCUUCUUUCCACUGGCAUCAAGAACGAAGUCUCUCAACUAAUUGGGAGGACUCCCCUUGUAUAUCUUAGCAAAGUCACUGAAGACUGUGGAGCCUAUGUAGCUGUCAAGCAAGAGAUGAUGCAGCCCACUGCAAGCAUCAAAGACAGACCAGCAUUUGCUAUGAUCACAGAUGCAGAGAAGAAAGGGUUAAUCAGCCCUGGAAAGACUGUGCUGAUUGAGCCGACAUCAGGAAACAUGGGGAUUAGCAUGGCAUUUAUGGCAGCCAUGAAAGGCUACAAGAUGGUUCUGACCAUGCCCUCUUACACAAGCUUGGAAAGAAGGGUGACCAUGAGAGCAUUUGGAGCCGAUUUAGUCCUCACUGAACCCACCAAAGGGAUGGGAGGAACAGUUAAGAAGGCUUAUGAACUUCUGGAAUCCACACCAAAUGCUUUCAUGCUUCAACAAUUCUCAAAUCCAGCCAAUACACAGGUGCAUUUUGAGACAACUGGUCCUGAGAUAUGGCAAGACACUAAUGGAAAAGUCGACAUUUUUGUAAUGGGAAUUGGAAGUGGUGGCACUGUAUCUGGUGUUGGACAAUAUCUUAAAUCACAAAAUCCAAAUGUUAAGAUUUAUGGAAUUGAACCUGAAGAAAGCAAUGUGCUUAAUGGCGGGAAACCAGGACCUCAUGACAUAACCGGCAAUGGCGUUGGAUUCAAACCAGAUAUAUUGGACAUGGAUGUAAUGGAAGAAGUUCUUAUGGUUUCAAGUGAAGACGCAGUAAAUAUGGCCAGGACUUUGGCAUUAAAGGAGGGGCUCAUGGUGGGAAUAUCAUCGGGGGCUAACACAGUUGCAGCACUUAGACUUGCUAGAAGGCCAGAGAACAAAGGCAAGCUCAUUGUGACUGUUCAUCCAAGCUUCGGAGAGAGGUACCUGUCAUCUGUACUGUUUCAAGAGCUGAGGAAGGAGGCGGAGAACAUGCAGCCAGUUGCUGUGGAUUAGUGCCUAAUAUUAUCAGCAAAAUGCUUCUGCACAGCCCUUCUAGUUGUGUGCUUAAUUUGUUGAACCAUCAUGAAAGUUCUAGUUACUCCCAAACAUGAAAAUGUUUUCAUGUGUUUCAUAUUCAGCUGGAAAAACAUUGAAGUCUCAAAUAUGUAAUGUAACAUUUAAAUUUACAGUAGGAUAAUUUUAUUAUUUCUGUUAA